AUGGCAUUUUUUCGUUUGAUUAUUGCCUUGUUAUUAGUUUAUUGUGCAAAUGCGUAUCAAACAGGUUAUACAUGUGACAGAUCAAUUAAAUUGAGUUGUCCUGGACAAUCAAAGAUUGUCAUUUUACAAGUCUAUUAUUCAUCAGUUUGUCCUCAACUGAAUGACGAUGGUAACGAGGUUGAUAAUUCAUUUCCACCUUCAAAUUGUCUAGGACACAGACUUGACAUGAUUGAUUCAACAUGUAAUGGACAAGAAAAUUGUAACAUUGAAAAUAAAGAACAUACAUUUUCAUCAAAAAGUGUACAAGAUCGAGAAUCAAAUUGUGAAUUUUCAUCGAAAAGUAUUAACAUCGAAUAUUCCUGUAUACCAGAUUUUAGUCAAUCACUUCUUCCACGAGUAGAUAUUUGUCGUGGAUCGACAAAUGUUCAAGAUAUUUCUGAAGGAUUCAUUUUUACACCAAAUUAUCCGGAUGCAUAUCCUAAUCGACAAGAUUGUUUCAAAAAUAUUCAUACGCCAGCUAAUCAUCGUAUAAAAAUUUAUUCACUUGAAUUUGAUGUUGAAGGUUUAAGUGUAUUACGAUUUUUAUGGGUUAAAAAAGCAAAUGAUUUUUUAAGAAUUAAUAAUGGUGAAAAACUUUACGGUUCAAGAAAUGGUAUACAACUAUUGUUCGAUGAUUACAUUGGAGCAACAUUACAAUUUGUAUCGGAUUUUGCCAACUCAAAACGACCGUAUAAAGGAUUUUUACUUUAUUUUAUUGUUACACCCGAUAGUCCUCGUACACGACCAACGACAACCACAGCACCAAGUACAACAGAAUUUAAUCCAUUUGUAGGACUUUUUGAUGAAGAAAAUGACACAAAAAUACAAAAAGAUAAUGAUGUUGUUGGAAUAACCAAUUAUCAACCAGUUUUGAGCAAAACUGGUGCAUUAAUAGGCGAAAAACAAAACAGAAGCACUGGAUUGACAUUGAUUGUCGUCGUAUUAACUGGUGCACUAUUAGUCGUAUUAUGUGCAUUUUUAUUAUAUAAACGCCGUAAUGAUCGUCGUGUAAAAUAUUUGUCUCAUAUGCUGACUAGUUUAUUUCCACCUCGUUCACGAACAGUUACACUCGAUCGAAAUGCGGGUGAUAAUGGAGGUAACAUGAAUGAAAGUUUAAAUAAUGAAAGUGUAUGCAAGAAAUUGGAUGAGACAACUGAAACAAUUGCUCCUCUUUCAUUCGAUGAAAAAUCUCAAAAGAUUAAUGGUUAUGAUGUCAAUUACAAUCCAACAUAUUACAAACAUACGAAUAUAAAUGAAAGACGUGAUAGUCAAGAAAAAAUGAUUUUUAUAGAUAAUUUAAAAACUACAUCAUCACCCUAUUCAUCGUAUAAGAAAUUGUUGAUAAAUGAUAAAAAACGUGAACAAGAUGGGAAGAUAAAUUUAAAUGAUAAUGACUAUUCGAUUGAUCCUGUUGCAUUUUCACCAACACCAUUGAAUAUUCUUACGGGCAUUUCUGGUUUAAAUGGUAAUAAUAAUCAUCAGAAUAAUGAUAGUAAUUCAUUGUUGUAUGAAUAUAUUUCACCAUUAGAUGAUACCAUGGUUGAUAAUAAAUCAAACGUUAAAAGUGGAUUAGUACAACACAAUGAUGAUAACUAUUAUUCAGAUAUUAAAAAUAAUGAUGGACAACAACAACAACAACAACAAGAGAAUUAUGAUCAAGUUAUUUAUGCAACACCAUCAAUAAAAACAAAUAAUGAAAAUGAAAGUCAUACUUAA